AUGAACAAUACAUGCAGAGGUAAAAACAUUUUGAUGGCUGAUAAAAUAUGCUAACACCUCCUCAAAAAUAUUUCUUUAGAGUCUCACUGGGAGAUAGGAAUUUAAUGCUAUAUUUAUAACUGCGUAUACCGCAGUCGCCAUAUCGAUGAAGAAGAGAAGUGCUACGAUGAUAUUCCAACCACGCGAGUACAUGAAGUUACUAACGGAGGAUGAACAGGAAAAGCUAACAGAAGAGCAAAUCGGUGAAUUUCGAGAUGCAUUCACAGCAUUUGAUCGUGACAAUAAUGGCUUCAUCACAACUAAAGAACUUGCACACGUGUUGAGAUCACUUGGACUGAAUCCAACAGAAAAAGAACUGUGUUGUUUAAUCAAUGAGGUUGAUUUUGACGGUAAUGGAAAAAUCGAUUUCAGAGAAUUUGUCAAUCUGAUGCUUUUGAAUGGUGAUCAAAUUGCAUGGAGUGAUAAAGAUUUAAUUGAAGCAUUUCGGACAUUUGAUACUGAUAAUAAAGGCUACAUCCACUCUGGUGAACUAAAAUAUGUCUUAUCACAUAUGGAUGAUGAAGUAAUUUCAGAUCAGGAACUAGAAGAAAUGCUGGAUUUUUCGAAAUUGCAGACAAAUAGGAAAGUAACAUUUAAUGAAUUCAAAAAUCUUGCGAAACCAGAUUUGAAAAUCCAUUCAGAAGCUUUGGAGCAGCAACUGCAGAAACAGCACAAAACAAUACAUUUUUUUAACUAACAGAACAAAAAUAUUAUCGAUUUAUAUUUCUUGUAUUAAAACAACAGCAACAUCUGUACUAAUACUAACGAAAUUAUGAUUAAUUGAUUGUAAUGAGGUUUCUAGAUUAUUAUUGCAGCAUCGUAGAUAAACAAUAAAAUUAGUGAAAACAGCUCUAACACAGUCUAGAUCAGAUUGGAAGAGGGUCAUUAAUAUACCCCGUCCAACCCAUGCUAGCAAGGAAAACGGAUGUUAAGCUGAGAACGACGAUGAUAAUGAAAGAUGUAUGCUCAUUGACUAUCAUGUGGAAUGUAUUCUUUCAGUUUGUAAGCAGUCAAUUUCACAGCAGCACUCUUAUCUCCACAUUUUCAAACUUGACUCAGAUAUAUAGCAUUGUAGAUAAACAAAAAAUUAGUGCAAAACAGCUCUCGAUUUUAAAGAAAUGUAAAAAAUAUUGUGGAGCAGAAUGUUGUUGAUGCUGA